CGAAUCUAUAAACUGUAUUCUUAAAUUAAGUCAAAAUCGCUUUAAAAAUGAAACGUGCUAAAUUAGGUAAAAUUUUAACAUUAUUUUGGUUUCUCGGUCUAGCAACGUGUGCUAAUGUGAAGACUUUCCCCAGAGAUUUUGAAUUUGGCGCUGCGACCUCUUCUUAUCAAAUAGAAGGCGCUUGGAAUGAGGAUGGCAAAGGUUGGUCAAUGUGGGAUCAUCUGGUCCGUACCGACCCAGAAUUUAUAUUCGACAACACGACCGGUGAUAUCGCUGCAAACUCUUACUAUUUAUACAAACGAGAUGUUGAAAUGCUUAAAGAACUGGGGGUCGAUAAUUAUCGGUUCUCCAUAUCCUGGCCGAGGAUAUUACCUUACGGCCGACCAGAUUAUGUUAACGCUUAUGGAAUUGCGUAUUACAAUGCUUUGAUAGACGAGUUACUAGCUAAUGGUAUAACUCCAUUCGUAACGAUAUACCAUUGGGAAUUGCCUCAGAAUUUGAACGAACAAGGAGGUUGGUUGAAUGGGGAAAUAGUGGAUUGGUUUGCAGACUACGCGAGGGUGUUGUACGAGAAUUUUGGUGAUAGAGUUAAGCAUUGGAUGACCAUAAAUGAGCCACAUAUACAUUGUUAUUUCGGUUAUGGUACAGCACAUCAUGCGCCUAGAAUCUUUUCACCAGGGAUUGGUUAUUACGAAUGUGGAAGGAAUAUUUUAUUAGCCAAUGCUAAAGCAUAUCGUCUCUAUGAUACUGAAUUCCGAAGUUCCCAGGGAGGUGAAGUUGGUUUUGUGGUCAGUAUGGAAUGGGCGAUACCAGAAACGAAUUCACAAGAUGACCUUGAAGCUGUGCAAGACUUUAUGGCAUUUAACAUUGGUCAAUACAUGGACCCGAUAUUUUCAGAAAAAGGCAACUAUCCUCAGCGUAUGAUAGACAGGGUCCAAGCCGCAAGUCUUAACCAAGGUCUCAAUGCAUCAAGACUCCGUCCGUUUACAGACGAGGAGAUAGAAUUUUUGAGAGGAACCGCAGAUUUCUUAGGAUUGAAUCAUUAUACAAGCAGAAUUGUUUAUAGAAAUGAAUCGCUUAUAGGAAGAUAUCAUAUACCUUCUAGUCAUGAUGAUGCGUAUUAUGGAGAAUACACGGAUCCGUCGUGGCCUUUUGAUACUGGAUUUGUUUACGAAUAUGCUCCUGGUUUCUACAACUUGAUGGUCUAUAUUAAGAACACGUAUAAUAAUCCAAAGAUUUACAUAACAGAGAAUGGUUGUUCCACAUCAACGGGGCGUAAUGAUAACCAAAGAGUACAAUAUUAUAGGAACUAUUUAAAUGCCUUGCUUGACGCUUUAGCCGAGGGCGUCAAUGUCAAAGGAUACUUUGCUUGGAGUUUAAUGGAUAAUUUUGAAUGGAGUUUCGGUUAUACGUUAAGAUUUGGUAUUUAUGAAAUUGAUAUGGAUGAUCCAGAAAGGACGAGACAUCCUAAAAAAUCAGCGUUAGUUUAUAAAGAAAUAAUUAGUAGCAGGGUUAUAGAUUACAAUUAUAAUCCAGUCCCCUAUACGCUAUCAAGUGCUUUCAGAAGAGAUGCGUCGGUAUUAAUAAUUUUACUACUGGCAACAUUAAAAUAUUUUGUUUAAAUUUAAAAAGAAUGUAA